AUGGACUCCCUCACACCGCCACAGGUGAGAACAGACAUAGUUUCUGCUGAACUGCAUGCUACCUGACUGCUCAAAACUUUUUCAGUUGAGUAGUUUGAGAGAUAAGAAGACAUUUACUAAAAAAUGAAAAAUACAUUCAGUAAAAUGUGAUUUUUUUAAGAGGAUAUGUUGUGUAUUUUGAUUUAUGUAGCUGUAUUUCUUAGACGGGAAUUUUUUAAGUAGGUCUUUAGUAAUGUAAUGGAUGCAUUCACAACAGUUCACAACGUGUGUGUCAAACUGUGUAAAGUACACAAGUAGACCUCCGAGACUUUUUAUUAAUAACAAAUUAUCAGACACAAUCAGUGUCGGGAGUUAAAUGAAAAUAUGAUUUAUGAUGAUUUAAUUUAUUCAUUUAAAAGUUUAUGCUAAAAAAAUUCAAAUUCAAACACAUGACUUACAUUUCAGUGAAAGUGCAACACUUUUUAAAUAUUGAUCUCGUGUGUAGCUCUUUCUGUGUCAUAUUGUGUGAAUGGAAUUUCACUGCAGCUUCACCACAUGACUACAUAAUCAUUACGCAUGUGAGCGGACUUGUGUUUGUAUCUGUAUGUGUGAGCUUUCUGAACCUGAAGCCCUGAUGAUGAUAAAAAUGUUAUGCUGUUUCAUUCAGAACCAAGAGUUACAUCAACAGUUUUCCAGCCUUGUUUAACAAAUAUGUGAGGACCUCAUGACUUACCGGCUUAUCUGGGAGUCCUUCUCGGCAUUGAAAACGAUACCCUUUAAAUUUAUUAUCUUUUUGGAAAUUUUGGAUAAACUACUGGUGCAGAUGUAAACACUGAAGCCUGGUUAUGACAUGUUGAGCCUGGGCUAUAGUUGAAACAUAUAUGGCAAUUAUAUGUAUUUAGCAGUAUGUAAUAUUCUGGUAACAGCAAGUAAAAGAAUAAUUACAUUAGAGCAAACUGUGGAUAUUUAUAUGAUGAAAUAACAAUACAUUUCAAUGACAAUAAGGUACCAUAGGUCGAUGUUUACUUAAUGUUCAUAAGGCUUUAAGUAUGAUCCCUGCGUCAUCACACGAGGUUUUUUCAAAGUAGAAAUAAGUAAUAAGCAUGUCGUGACACCGACAUUAGCCCUGUCUUACGCAUCAAAUAUCCCGUUAUCUUACAUGUUGUUAACUCAUUCCCUCAUAAACUUGUGCGUUAUCACAGGUUUCUUCUGAACUUGAAUUAAUUACAUGGACAAACACAAACAGCAAAGCAAACACAGGCUUAGCAGCACUUUAAAUGAUAAUGUUUGGUGCUUUAAAUGUUUUGAUUUUUGUUUUUCAGACAAUGGAUGAUCAAUCCAAAGAUGAGGAAUAUGGGGAUGAAAACCAAAGAAAAGCAGACAAAGGUAUUUUUCAUUUCUCACGUCACCUGCCAUGAUUCUUUAUUGCACUAAACUGAGUGUUUCAGUUUGUUUUUGUCUGCCUCAGAGGUCAAAACCAGUCCGGCCCACUCCACCAUGGCUCUGGUAGAGCAGGCUCCAGAGGAGGACCCGUGGGAUCUGCCAGAGCUGAAGGACACUGGGGUCCCGUGGUCAGGUGAAGACUUGUACUGUUACAUUAUUAAGCUGUUUGCUCAAACACAGCAUUGUCUUAUCCUUGAGUUAUUAAACGAGCCUACUCUGAUUAGAUAACGUGUUUCACAGCGAGUCAUUUACACGCCUAGUGAUUGAUAAUAAGUAGCCUACAGUAGAUAUGGUAAUCAUUCCUUCAUCACAGUGUUACUCAACAACACAGGAGCUAAGUAGAGUCAUUAGUUUGGGUGGGUCCUCUAAUAAAAUCAUAUCAAAGAAGAUAGUCUCUUAAAUCUCUUCAUGAACCUUGAAAAAUAGAACGUUUUACGACUGGCCUUGAGGAACCAGUACAUGACAUGGUCUAAAGGUGCUCCCCUCUUUUCCCACCUCCAAGUACAACCUCUGUCAUCUGUCCUCAUAUGAGUCAAAUACACACAGAUGAUCUCCACUCAUGGGACCUUUAUAACUAACUGUCUGUAGCACUUUUAGCUGAGUCUCAUUAGUGGUCAUACACGUGCAAAUGUAUAUUCUGUAUUUUCAAUAAGUCACAUGUCGUUGUAUUUAGAGGAAUUGAUGACAGGUGUGGAAAUCAAAAAAUUUGGCCAUCAACCAAUAAAUCAUUAACCUGUCACUCUGGCAACAAACCAUAUCAGCGCUGACACCCUGAUUAUUUAGGAUUAAUUGGGGUCAUAAAUACAAAGUGACGUUAUCUAAACUUCUGAAACAGCUGACUCUGCGGAUGACCGGACAAAGAUAACUCUGACUUUGUUUUACAGUCUCUGUUGACUUGUCAUAAAGAUGAAGAAUAUAAAAUUAAAUAUGUUUUUUCUUUUUCUGUGUCAUAUUUUAUUCCUCUGUCUCAGCUCUGGACACAAAAGGGAAGUUGUUGCGAGUGGGGGUGUCAGUGUUGAAGGGGGCAAUACUGCUUGGUCUGCUCUACAUGUUCAUCUGUUCCCUCGACAUCCUCAGCUCAGCUUUUCAGCUUGUUGGAGGUAAAGACACCGACACCUGUUUAAAGGCAUCUACAAUGUGAUGUUUAGAUAUCUGUCUUCAACUGCGUUUUUAUCUUAUGGAUGCAGUAUGAUCUUAAAUAGUUACCUUUUGUUUUUUUGUGUGUGUUUGUGUGGACCCCAGAAAGAUAAGCUAUCACCUUGUGGGAGUUAACAGAAUGGUCCCAACAGAAUAGAGAAGCAUAGUGAUAGAAAGCUGCGAAACUUUCCCCUAGAGCAGGUGGGCAAUCAUGUCUCAUGGAGGGCCGAGAGGCUGCAGGUUUUCUUUCCAACCCAAAACUCCACCAGGUGAUUUCACUGAUCAGUCCCUGCUCUCUGCUUGGAGGUAAUUAAGGUAAUCAGUGAAAUCACCUGGUGGAGUUGGAAAGGAAACCUGCAGCCUCUCGGCCCUCCAUGGCACAUGAUUGCCCACCCCUGACCUAGAGGAAACAUAUGCAUGGAAUAUAAAUAUUUUUUUAUAACAAUGAGUGUUUCCUCUGUAUAUCAGUCAGGGGAAGUCCGUGUAAGGUAAACUUAAUAAGAUUCACUUUGAGAUUCAUAAAUAUGGACGAACUGAAACUGAUCUGAUCACUUCUCCCAAGUGCUGUAUCUCACCCUUAGGGUAAUAUUCGCUCUCUUUAACGAGCUGUUUUUCUAAAUGUUCAUGCUUCUGUGUUCACCUUGUCCAGGUAAAGCAGCCGGUGACAUCUUUCAGGACAACUCGGUUCUAGCCAACCCUCUGGCUGGUCUGGUUAUUGGUGUUCUGGUCACCCUACUGGUCCAAAGCUCAUCUACCUCUUCCUCCAUAGUCGUCAGCAUGGUCUCCUCUGGAUGUGAGUGCAAGCCUACACCUCACAAACAAACACAUUAAUUCACACAAUAUGAAUGAUGAUGAUGAUGAUUUUGGUGGUGAAAAGUGUUUAAAGGACUGAUCAUGAAAAACCCCUGUGUGUUUUGGCAGUGCUCACAGUCCAGCUAGCUGUUCCCAUCAUCAUGGGCACCAACAUCGGCACCUCUGUCACCAACACAUUGGUUGCAAUGACGCAGGCUGGAGAACGCAGCACCUUUCGCAGGUAGUCGUCAAUAAAUAUAGUUAUUAUAUUAAUUAAAUAUCUGUUUUUCAGAGACGCUCUUCCUUGUUGAAUUACAUGAAUUUAUGAGAGUUACACAGCAGAGGUUCACAUUCUACUGCAUCAUUGUUUGACCCUGAAUAACCUUUUAACAGUGUGACUGUAAAGUGCUGAUGGAGCAAUCAUUUUCAAGACUUAGCUGCAAAUCAGAAACACUAGGAGACCAGGGACAUCUGGUCAGAGUAAAACCAGAUUUUUAUCGUGAUCCUUGAUAACAAGGUAUACAACCUGAUAAUGUGACCAAUACAACCUGCUUUAAUUAAGUAAAACUACAGACUUUGUUAAAAUUUGCUGUUGAAGUUUCAGGGAUUUAUUAGCUACAAGCUAUCGAAAAUUGACCACGUCAAAUCUCCCCACCUUGCUUUUAUCAUUUAUGAUUCUGAAGUUUUUAAAAUAAUUUUUACUGCUGUAAUGAUUACACUUAUCUACUUGUGUAGGACAUAACAACAACAAUAUAUUAGGGAGAGACCAAAGGUCGCUUUACUUUGCAUUUAUCGCUUUUUACUUUUUCACGCAGGGCUUUUGCAGGCGCCACAGUGCACGACUUCUUCAACUGGCUCUCUGUGCUGGUGCUUCUGCCGCUGGAAGUCGCUUCUGGUUAUUUGUAUGAAGUCACAAAGCUCAUCAUUGACUCCUUCCAAAUCCAGAGUGGAGAGGCUCCAGACCUGUUGAAUGUGAUCACUGAUCCCCUCACUGAGUCAAUAAUAGAGGUACUAACUUGACUGUGAUGAUGAUGAUGAUGAUGUGCAAACUAACCUCUAGUCUGAGAAAUGUGACACAUGAAUCUGAGAGGCAGAGUUUGUUUUUUUCAAGGGUUAUUGUAAUCUAGCUAAUUUUAGUCCCUUUGAUUUGAAUCACGAUCUCUUUGUCUUUCUGACAUAGUUGGAUAAGUCCGUCAUCAGUGGAAUUGCCACCGGAGAUCCAGCAGCAAGGAAUAAGAGUCUCAUUAAGAUAUGGUGCAAAACCUUCACCAACAUAGUAAGAGCGAAACAACAUUUUUACAUGUUCAUUAUUCAGAAAACUUGAUGGAAAUCUUCAUCGUCAAACUGUCCCUUUCUUUUAGAGCUUAGAGUACGUGGAAGUUCCAGGUCCGGAGAACUGCACAUCUCCAUCACUCUGCUGGGAGCAGGACAACAAGACCUAUACACAGAUGAAUAUUUCAAAUACUUACGGUGUUGAGAAAUGUAAGAUCACUUUUCAGAGGAUUUAUACACCACAAUUUGACCACAUACAUGUGUAGAGCAGUGGUUCUCAACUGGUCUCACUCUGGGACCCACAUUUUGUCCUUGGUCCUUAAGUCAUGACCCAUUUUUAUAAAAUUCAAACCAAGCAAAUAUAUUUAUUUUGAUAAAAAAAGGAAUCUAAUCUUUAACAUAAAUCCACUUGUUUUAUUAAGUAAAGUGCAUUUCAGAACACACGAAGGGGGCAACAUGAGGACGACAACUACUGAAGUUGCAUAUACAGAAAAUAUCUAAUAAAUGUCACAUUAAAUAUUUACUUUUUCGACCAGCUGUCCGUGACCCAUCCAGAACGUGUCCACGACCCACUUUUGGGUCAGGACCCACCAGUUAAGAACCACUGGUGUAGACUGUUAUUUUUCAUAAUAAUAAUAUUAAUAACACUCUUUUGUUAACUUCGGAACCUUUUUGCAUUUUUACUUGCAUUUACAAUCCUCCAAACCCAAACAUAUUUCUUACCUCCAACUGUUGCUGUUUUUGGAGAAAUGUGGAGCAUUUUGCAAAGAAAUCAAAUAGAUUUUAAGGGGUAUAUGAACGUGCACUGUUGCUUUCCUUAAAACAAUUCAUCAGCUCUUUUAAAGAAAAUCUUCUCACCCAAACGUGACGAGCAAAACCAGGCUUCUCUUCUAAAGCUCAUCUGACUGUAGGCUCUAAAUCCACUCCCCUUCUUCCAUCCCAGCCCUCUUGGUGGCGGUAUUGCAUCUCUUACCUCGUCUGCCGGUUGUCAAUGAUUACCAGAAAAAUUCAAUUCAGUUUUCAUGUGUUUUUCAUCAUGGGGAGAAACAUGUCAGUUACAGUUUGCUAACCUGUUUAGACCAUGUGGAUUAAAAACAUGAAAAACAACAGUCCUCUUUAAACUUAAUGUGUUUUCUUGUGCAUGCAGGUGCACAUAUAUUUGCAAAUACGACUCUACCUGACCUGGCAGUGGGUCUGAUCCUGCUGGCCGCCUCCCUGCUUGUCCUCUGCUCCUGCCUCAUUCUGAUUGUCAAGCUGCUCAACUCCAUGCUGAAGGGACAGGUGGCCACAGUCAUCAAGAAGAUCCUCAAUACUGGUUAGCAGCACACACACACACACACACACACACACACACACACACACACACACACACACACACACACACACACACACACACGUGCACCUAAUGCGUGAAUAUUGUACACAUGUUAAUGAUUUCUUGUUUUUGCAGACUUCCCAUUUCCCUUCGGUUGGGUCACAGGUUACAUCGCCAUCUUAGUCGGAGCAGGCAUGACCUUCAUUGUGCAAAGCAGCUCGGUUUUCACCUCUGCAAUAACUCCACUUGUUGGUGAGCUUAAUUAUCUGUUUAUUACUUGAACUAAUUGCCUCUAAGUGUGUGUCCUUCAAGAAAUCUUUGUCUUUAACUCAUCAUUGUACUCUGUAUGAACAAGUUGGGUGGCCCUCUCUAACCAUGCAUAGACUGAACUGUUGGCACAUCCUGACUUAGAAGGCUAUACCUGGCCUGCUUCCACCAUACUUGUGUAUUUGUAUUCAUAUUAAAAGUUCUGGAAGCUAUAGCCUUCGUUCUGCGACUCAGACACAAAAUCUAGAUUUGCUAUCUGUCCCCAAAGUUUGUCUUGAAAUAGGCAAUAGAAGUUUUAGAUAUGCUGCUCCUGCAGACUGGAAUCUGCUUCAAGAAAAAAUGUGUCUUGUUGAGCUGGUCUCUUUAAAUCUUUUUUAAUGUAGAUUAAAGGCCCUAGAGGAAGAUGAAGCAGGCUGUAAUGCUUUAACUAAAAAUGUUCUACUCUGCAACUUCGACUUCCUGGUUUUUAUGUCUGUAUAUGUCUGUAAUUGUUUAUGUCUGUAACAUUGUAAAAGUACUGCUGCCUUUCUUGGCCAGGAAACUCUUGCAAAUGAGAUUUUUAAUCUCAAUGCGUUUUUUUCUGGUUAAAUAAAGUUUCAUCAACAUUUUUUUACAUAAGGGUCCUGCACCUAUAGUGAAAACAUGUUUUCUCUUGGCCUUCAAUUUUUCUUUUAAUUCAAGUAUCUAGAGCAGGGGUCGGCAACCUUAAACACUCAAAGAGCCACUUGGACCAGUUUCCCACAGAAAAGAAAACACAGGGAGCCACAAAACCUCUUUGACAUCUAAAAUGAAGAUUUUUUUUUUUUUUAACCUUUAUACAAAGUAUAUAAAAAACUGUAGCGAGUUGCAUUUAUGAAAUAAAUGAACUAUUUCGGCGAGUGUCUGUCUUCUUCUGUAGUUAAACCGCAAGAUAUCAAAAUCUACCCGGAUACAGCAAUGCUGCUUUUUGAUUGGCUGUUCAGUAGAUAUACUUUAUUUGAUUGGCUUGUGCGUGGCACGCAGCUUCUGAACUCUCGGAGGAACUCAGUUGAUUUCCCCCAGUUCCAAAGUUGAAGAAGUGCAACUUGGUGGACAUAACCGUGUUCAUUUAAAUGCGUGAGAAAUACAAUGUGUGGUGUGUGAGCGUGUGAACGAGUGGGAAUGCGUGUGUCAUACGCUGAAUGCGUGAGACUUGAGAGCCCUGUACUCACGCAUCAUCGAUGUACUCCCGAGCCAUGCAGAACGGUCUUUGCAAAUGUUGCACUGAACGCCUUCCUUUUCAGUCUUGGUGAAGUUUUCCCACACCACUGAUGUUUUAGGUCGGGAUUUGGGUUGGGUUGUGUCCAUGUUUUUCUCAGCCGCUGCCUCGGCCAUGGCUGUUUCUUUUCUGUGCGUCCUGCUGAUGUUUACACGCCGGUGUCCAUGGACAUAUAUAAAGACCCGACGAAUCGAUUACAGAAUUUGUUGGCAACGGAUUUUUUCGUCACGACGAAUCUACUUAAUCGAUUCGUUGUUGCAGCCUUAAUAGUUUAUUUAAUGUUACAAGAGCAUUAUAAUCUUUGAAUUUAGAAUUACAAAAAAAAAAUAAUAAUAAAAUAAAAUAAAAUGCAAUCAAGUAUUUAUUAUUUAUUUUCCAAAUCCAUUGGGAGCCGCAGCUUAGGGAAGAAAGAGCCGCGGGUUGCCGACCCCUGAUCUAGAGCCUAAAGGUCAUAAAUAUAACACAUUUCCUCCUAGAACAGGGAGGCCUCUGGCAGUGGAGAGAGUUUCAGAGACAGUGUUUGUGAAAAUCUCUUCUUCUUUUUAUUUUGAAUAGGUAUUGGUGUCAUCAGCAUAGAAAGAGCGUACCCAUUGUCUCUGGGUUCGAACAUUGGCACAACUACGACAGCCAUUCUGGCAGCGAUGGCAAGUCCGGCAGAAACACUGGCUAAUUCUCUGCAGGUCAGUAACUCCCACAAAAAGAACGUGCACACAUGUAAGAUUCCCACUGAGGCUAAGAUUAAGACAUAUGAACUAAUGUAGGACAUAGGAUGCUGUUUUUGUCCUGAUUUCUCUCUGAGCUGUUAUUACCAUUUUUAUUAUUAUAUGUAAGUAUAUAAAGAACUUUACUGUAUAUCAUUAAACACAGAAAGUCUCUAAAGGUCUGUCACAGUUGGAAUGAAAAUUUAAAAUGAUACUUGAUGGCCCAUCAGAUUAAUCAAUUAUCGUCAGUUAUUUUCAUUAAUCUCAGUUCAACUGGAUUGUUUUCCAUUAUUUUUGAAGAGGUUCCUAAAAUGAAAUUACUAAAGCCAAUACAGAUUUGAACUGUGUGUGUGUGUGUGUGUGUGUGUGUGUGUGUGUGUAUGAUUUUUUAAUGAGCCAUGAGAUUUGAAGGAUGGCCACUAGGGUAUAUUAGGUCUCCAGAUUUCCAUUAAUAUGAUAAAGAUAGGAUUUUAAAGGAUAUAUAUAAGAACUUUGGCUACUGGCAUUUUCACAUGAUACAUCUUUUAUAAAUGUGUCAUAACCUGUCAACAAAGCCAGUAUCUGCUCAGAUCAAUCACUGCAUCCCUAAAAGCAUUACAUUUUCAGAAGUGUGUUAAUUGAGCACAACCAUUUCACCAAAAAACACGACAUCAAACACAGCCCAAGAGCUAAAUACUCAAUACAAGUGUUGGCUAAAUUUGCUUAUUUAAUUAGGGCUGGUAAAAUCUUCUAUUCAUUAAAGGCCUUUGUUAUAAAUUACACUAAUACCAAACAUAUAUUAUAACACAUUUUAAUUAUAAUUUAUUCCUUUUUUUUAUUUCUCCAGAUUGCCCUCGUGCAUUUUCUGUUCAACAUCUCUGGUAUUAUUCUGUGGUAUCCAAUCCCCUUCACUCGAAUCCCCAUCAGACUGGCCAAAGGUCUUGGUAACAUCACGGCCUCCUAUCGCUGGUUUGCUGCUGUCUACAUCAUCUGCUGCUUCUUCGUUUUACCGCUCUUUGUUUUCAGCCUUUCGCUGGCUGGUUGGAAGGUUCUAGUAGGCGUGGGUGUACCUCUGCUCGCAAUACUGAUAAUCAUCGUCAUCAUCAAUGUAUUGCAGAAGAAGAAGCCCAGGUGUCUGCCAACACGGCUGCGAUCCUGGGACUUCCUCCCUCUCUGGGCUCACUCCCUGGCUCCCUGGGACAAAGUGGUUACUGCGUGCACGGCCAAAUGCUGCUGCUGCUGUAAAUGCUGCCAAAUUCCUGCUGACGCCCAAGGGCAGACAGGAUCAGCAGACAGUGACAAGAAACUUUGCACAGCUGUGUACGAUAACCCUGCCAUGAGUGCAGAGAAGGAAGUGGAGGAUGAGAUCAAAAUCGAGCUUAAGAUUCUGAACAAUACCCGGCUGUGA